AAAUAUGUUGGUAUUUUUAAUGCAGAAAAAUAAUGGCUUCAUCUUCCAUUCACAAUACGAACUUAAGAUUCAAGGCAAGGUUUUGUAAUUGUGGAAGAAUAGUUUCCGUGCGUGUUGUACAAACCAAUGCGAAUGGAAAUCAAGGGCGUGUCUAUUUUGUUUGCCCAAGAAAAUAUACUACGAACGAACACUGCAAUUACUUCAAAUGGUUCGCAAAUGAUGACGACGACGACGACGACGACAUUACCUCAUUAAUCCGUGCCAAUGAUGGACCUCCGACAGAUGCAAGAACAGAAGAAAUUAAUGAUCUGAGGAGAAGGGUUGAAAGAAUUGAGAAGAUUUUCAAGGCAAUGACUUAUGUUAUUGUAUUUUGUGUAUUUUGGUACUUUAUCAUGUAAAUGACUAAGUUCUUAGGUUUUGGAAUUUUUAUUUGGUGCUUCAAAAUCUGAUGGUUUGCAAAAACAAGUGUGUAACAUGUUUGA